GAACACGUCUCCUUCGGUUACUUCCGCGUUCAUCGCGGAGGUUCCGUUUGGAUACACGAUCUGUAUUGUACCCGUGCCUCUGAGGACGAUUCCGUACUCCGAUGCCGUUGGAUUCACGUGCGGUGCCAUCAUUGAUCCCUGUAUUCGAGGAUUCAAAUGCUCGAACAUAUGUGGUAAUUCAGACAUUCAUCCCAAGAAAAUCUUCGAUUCCCAUCAACAAACGACCCAUUGGCUUCCUAAGGAAGUUUUUGAAACUCAACUAUAUGACGAUUGUAACGGUAACUGCUCCACAUCCCCAUCUCAUCUUUACUAAGUCCCCCAGAAAUGGCGGAUUCGCAUUCUGGGUUACCGCCAUUUAAAGACGAUGACAAUACCCACGAAGGCUUUCCAAAUAUUCCGGUUGAGAUUGUGAGCGACGAAGAAAUGGCCCUAAUCGAAGCUGCCUUAGCCGCUGCCGUCACCACUUCUCGAUCUUCAUCCUCCGUCAUUCAUUCCACUUCUUGCUCUUCUCAUAAUCUCUUUAACACCAGGUCUAUUCACUCUAUUACCCUCUUAUCGAAGAGGGGCAUCGAUUCUUCCCAGCCAGAUAUCGAAGAUCUCGGCAAAAUCCCGAUUACCCAGAAGAAGAUCAAAGUCAACGAAUCGCUUCUUCAACGGUUUAAGAGGAACAAGCCCUUGGCCGUCACUGAUAUUACUCGCAUGGAAUGGUGUGAAAAGCAGAUGGAGUUUUCUCUUCUUUCUGGAGUUCGGAAAAAAACCAAAGCUAUGGAAGCAGGUAUUGCGCGCCAUGCAAUGCUUGAAGCGGAGGUUGUUAAAAAAGUCAAAGUUCAGGUGCAAUCGUUUGAAGAUAUUUGGGCUUUGAAGCUUCUUAAUUUCAUAGUUGGUGUACAUCAGCUAGUGCUUGAAGGAUUGACUCGUGAACUGCCUGUAAUGGGAUUGGUGGAAGGCGUAUGGAUUGUUGGUAUUAUUGAUGAGAUCCAGAUGUUGGAGAUUAACACCACUAAAAUACCGAUGUUGAUAGACACAAAAACCCGAGUGCGGGAUACGAUUCCUGCUGUACCACAAAGAAGAAAUGGGAAGCUUCAAUUAAUGUUUUAUAAACUCUUAUUGGACAAUCUUAUUUCUUCUGAUGGCUUCCCUAUCAGACAAUUUUUUGAUUUCUUUUCUUUGAAUCCUCAUUCCACCUUGUCUGAGGAAAUUGCGGACAGCAGUACUUCAUUUGGUUUCACUGCAAAGACUCUUGAUGAUGUAGUAAGAUACUACAUAAAUUGUUGUAGCAUGCUGCCUCCUACUCACAAUCAACUCUUACUAAGAUAUGAAUCACAAAAGGAUCAGUCAAUUAUUGUUGAAGAUAAAUUUGCAUACGAUCAUGGUUGGCUCAAGAGUCAACUUGAGAUUCAAUUACAAGUCUGGCAUGGACAGCGAGAACCUGAAUGUACUCCCCAGGAGGAACGAUGGAAAUGUCGACAUUGUCAAUUUGCUUCUGACUGCCCUGCGAAUGCUUAACCUCGACGCCUCCUCAAAAGCCCGAGUAAUUCAACUUGAAAAUUCCGGGUUUAGUUUCUCCUUACAUUCUGACCCUCUUCCCCUCGGAGGCUAUAGUUUUAUGCAAGCUUCUUGUGAUUUAUUUACAAAAGAUAUAUCGAUUUGUUAUUCAUCAUCAUGUAUGUAUUUUUACACUUAUGGUGCAAAAUUGCACCUCUUAGAAAGCAGAUGUAAGCGUUGUUGUGAAAUAAAGUUCUAAUUUGGAGAA